UUUUGUCAACUGAUGGUAAUAUAUUCAAGGUCAAAAAUUAACCUCCAUGCUUAUGUUACAUUUGGUUUCCAUUGAUUUCACAGUUGGCACUAAAAAUAUUCCCUGCUUACUUUAUUUCCAGUCAUCAAUACAGCGCGGAUGAAGCCUGCAUGUGCGCCGGCACUGUGUGUAGUGUGUAGUGUGUAAACGUGCCCUCGCUGAUGACACCGGAGGAUUAGAGCUGAGGUUUUAUUUAGAUCUCUGAGCCUGGGAGUAAUGACCAUGUGAGAUGCAGCAAAACCCUACAUCCCCUUCCUCUGAGGUCACACGCCUUCUGAUGUGUGCCGUGCCGUGCCGUGCCGUGCCACACCCCUCCUGCUGCUCAGCGCUUCAGCCGCAAAACUGAACUCCUCUCCUACCUGAUCCUGUGUGUUGCCAAAAUGCCGUUCAUCCCACAAGUGUCGAUUGUACGCUCUGUGUCGGGACAGACGGGGAAGGAGAGCGGCUCAUCUACAGCUGCUGCGGCCAAGAUGAGGGUCCCAAAAGAGGACAAGGGCAACUCGGUGAAGGAGCGACUGACUUUGAACCUCAAACAGCUGGGGAAAAAGGGCCAACCCAGGAGCCAUCUGCCAACGCCCAAAGAGGUGUCAGGAGCGGAGCUGCACCUAAAGAGAAGGGACAGGUUGUUGCCCUCGUCGCUAACAGACAGCUUCCCUGCCUCCAGCUCGGAUGGGUCCUUGUCGAAGCCGCAGCAGCAGCAGCAGCAGCAGAGACACGCAGGCCGGGGCUCCGUGAGGAGUGAACCAGAGGUGGAGACGAGGACCAGGCAUCAGGAGGAGGCCCGUUUCACCCUGACACUCACACCCGAGGCCGUUCAGCUGCUCCGGCGCAGGAACAGCGAUUGGCGGCAACGCUCAGCAGCCAGAAACGCUGAAAGCGCAGCUGGAGUUUCAGGAAGCGCCGCAGAUUCAAGACGCCGGAGGGAAAACGUUUCUAAACGGCAUCAACCGGCAACUCAGAGGCACAACGCUUCAACCAGCAGAGCUGCGGACAUAAGCUCAAUUGUGAAAAUCUCACUUCUGAACGAGCAACACAAGUACGAUGAUGUGGAGUAUGAGGAAGAGGACUAUGGUGUGGAUGAGCGCGUGGUGCUGAAAUGUACCGAGUGGCUUCGUGGGCUGGAAAACACGCCAGUGGCAGCGGGGAACAGCCUGAGCAAGAGCGCCAGCAGUGUGCAAAGUUUCUAAAGAGGAAAUGAGCAGCUCUGCUUAAAGGAGUCCAGACCUGUGAAUGAACUGCAGUUUCUGUUUGUGUGUUGGCUUGUUUCUGGUUAGAUGUUCACUUGAUGAAAAAUAAUAGCCACAUUUUGCCUAAAGAUAAUUUUUAAACAAACUUAAGCAGUGCAGCUUUUUGGGUUAUUGUGCAAAACAUUCACAAUGUGCACAAAACACUGCAGGUGCAAGGAAACACUAAAAUGUUUUACAUGAAACCAAUAUUUAUUCUAUGUUGAUCUAUACUUUUUCAACAAGGUGAAAUGAGGCAUUGUUAGUGUUUCUAAAAUACUCCAUGCAAAACAGUGUAUCAUGAUCUGUAAUUCCCUUGUUAAUGUGUAUCCAAUACACAGCAGAUUCUCUCUAAAGAGACUACCACUUGGAAAGAACGCUGUUUCCUGUUUUGUUCAACGUCUCUUCAGAUAGAAACAUGGGUAAUCUUUCUAAAUCACAGCAUUCCCUACACACUUCACUUUUUAUGCUGCUGAUACAUACAUGUCAGUAAAACUCAUUUUACACACAGCCGAACUGACCGACUGGAUAUUCAUUACAAACUGAUUCUGAGCAGCCAAAUCACAGACUCGUUUAUUUCAAACUAUAGUGGAGAAAUAUGUCAGAAUUUAGGGAAAAUGAUGCAGAAGACAUGUAGAAUAUUUUUAAACACAGAGACACCAAGUGUAAACAUCAUAUGGCUUCAAUGAAGAGUUGGGACCAACAUGAUACAGCUUGUAUAUACAGCAUAUAUAUAUAUAUAUAUAUAUGGUAAUGAGACUGUACUUUUUAAAUGGAAACCAAGAGAGGAAAUCAGUUUUAAGGAGUUAGCUUAAGUACUUCUGUGUUCGGUGUGUAACAUUUUUCAUUGUUCUGAAAUCAGGUUUUUAAAGAAUCUGCAUUCAUAAUUUAUGAUAAUAUGUGUAUUUUCUCUGGAUAAUAUUUUUGUAAAAUUUGCAUAAAAAGGUUUAUUAAACUUAAAUAAUAUGACAGUUCCUUGACUGUUUCUGCAUGGUA